AUGGCUGCUGCUGCUACCUCCUCUCCUUCUUCGUCUUUGGCCGCAUCCUCCUCAUCCUCUGUAUCUUCAAGCUCAGACUCUGAACCAGAAACAAAGAAUAAACUUAAGAGGAAAUAUGCCGGGUCGGAUUCAGACUCGGACUCAGAGGUGGAUUCAGAUGAUGUUGAAGGGCACGAAGAUGAAAGUGCAGACUCAGACUCGGGUUUGGAUUCGGAUGCCGACACUUCAAAGACGAAUAAACAGAAGUUAAAGAACCUUGCAAAUGAAGCUAAUAGGAAACGACAGCCGGACGAAGAUGCAGACAUGGACGUAGACGAACAGGAAGGGGAAGGUCAAAUCCUCUCACAUAAAGAACAACGUCGACUCCGAAAGAAACAAAAACAACUCGCUGAACAAAACGAAAAUGACGCGCCUUCCAAAACAACAAAGAAAGCAAAACAAGAGAAAGAGAAGGGAAAGGAUGGCCCGAGGCGGCAAAACUCCAUCUGGGUAGGCAACCUCGCCUUCCGCACCACACCCGAUGCAUUGCGCACGUUUUUCGCUGAUGCGGGCGAGGUGACGCGCGUGAAUAUGCCUAUGAAGGCUGGGAGUGGCGGGAAGGAGAAGGUUAACAGGGGGUUCGCGUAUGUGGAUUUCUCGACUCCCGAGGCGAAGAUUAUUGCUAUUACACUUUCGGAGAAGAACCUCGAUGGACGAAGGUUGUUAAUUAAAGAUGGCGAUGACUUUGCCGGCCGACCCACUUCAACUUCAAGUCCCAUAGAUCCCUCCAACACAAACAACAAUCCAGCAUCCUCAACGAAUCCCAAUCAAAACAGUGACCCAACAGCGACAGGCCACUCAAAAACAGUCCAAAAGAUCCUCAGCGCACAAAAACAACCACCCUGUCCAUGUCUCUUCCUCGGGAACCUAGGGUUUGAAGCGACGCCUGAAGGGAUACGCGAGAUGUUUGAGGGACAUGCGAGGACGCUUGCUGAGUUGCAGAGGGCUAAGGAGAAGAAGGCUAAGGAGAAGGCAAAGGGGAGGAGGGGGAAAGGAGGAGGGAAGGAUGAUGAUCUUCUGGGCGUUGAGAAUGAUAAUGAGAAUGACGGGAGUGAUGAGGAAGACGGUGAAGGAGGGGAGAACGUUGAAGUCGAUGUAGGGAUUAAGAAAGUUCGGAUGGGGACAUUUGAGGAUAGUGGAAUGUGUAAAGGAUUCGCUUUCGUAGACUUCACCUCAACCCAACACGCCACCUCCGCACUCACCAACCCGCGUAACCACUUCCUCGACGGACGUGCGCUCGUGGUGGAGUACGCUUCGCCCGAUGCAGCGAGGAGGGGCGGGUAUCGCGAAAAGUCGAAUCCGAAUUCUGUGUUUGGGAAGAAGAAAGCACCAAAGAGGGGUGGAGAGAACAAAUACGGGGUGAAGAAAAAGGAGAAGCGGAAGAGGGAGGCUGCUGAGAACGAAGACGAGAAUGUGGACGAAGACAGAGAAGGAGUGAGGGACGAAACUGCUCGCAUCGAGGACCCGCCAGUACCAAAAGCAAAACACCAACGAACCACGACCGACAAUAAAGAAGACAGAAAGUGGAAUUCGAAAAUGAAAUCAAAACCAACUAAACGACCUAAACCCGGUGCGGCACUUGCACUUGCCCAACGCGAGAAAUACGCGAUCGUUCCGAGUGAGGGGACUCGAUUGAAGUUUAGUUAA